CGUGAUCACUUGUUGACAUUCAUUCGAUUCGUCGACGGCGCAAAAUGGCCAACUAAAACUUUUCUGUAAGCGAAAUAAGGUGGAAAAAGUGACCAAGUCCCACGAACAAAAUCUGGCAACUGAGCCUCAACGAGACAUAUUGUUAAUAAUCAAAUUAGGAAGAGAGCUAUUAAGUGACGUCAUGUGCUGAUCGGAGGUUGAAGGUAUGGCGCAACACUUCCUUGUUUUCGCAUUCACGCUUGAGAGUCCUCGACGAACACGAUGUUGCCCUUUGACCUUUUUUCGGCCACAACCUGGACUUUAGUGGCUCUGUUUUUCACCUUGCUUUUACUGUACGGCGUGUGGCCUUAUGGCCGCUUCAAAAAGUUGGGAAUUCCAGGCCCGACGCCCCUCCCCUUUAUGGGCACGAUGUGGCUUUUUAGAAAAGGCUUGUUAGCUGUUGACCGGGAGUGUCACGCCAAGUAUGGAGACGCGUGGGGGUUGUUUGACGGCAGAACUCCGGUGCUGAUGGUGACGGACCCCGAGAUCAUCAAGACGGUGAUGGUGAAGGAUUGCUACACGGUGUUCACCAACCGCAGGGACGCGCUCGUGCUGGGAGCGUUCGCCGACGCCAUCACUUCCGUCAAAGACGAGCGAUGGAAACGGAUCCGCAGCUCCUUGUCGCCGUGCUUCACGAGCGGGAAGCUCAAGCAGGUGUUCCCCCUGGUCACUCGUUCCGCGGAGCGACUGCUCCAGAGUUUGCGGGAAAAGGAUCUGAGCCGACCCGUGGACAUCAAACAAUUCUUCGGGCCGUACAGUUUGGACGUGGUGACCAGCGCCUCCUUCAGCGUGGACACGGACUCCAUCAACCGCCCGGACGACCCCGUCCUGGUCCACCUCCAGAAAAUUUUGAACUUCAAACUUUGGCCGUUCAUCCUUUUGCUGCUUUUUCCAUUCCUCGUCAAGCUGUGCAAGUUGCUGGACGUCGACUUUGCGCCAAAGGCCAGCACCAAUUUUUUCUUCAACAUCAUUAAGAAGUUUAAAGAUCAGCAUCAAGAGGACCAGCCGAGUCAAGCAGACUUCCUGCAGGUGAUGAUCCAGCACGAGAUCCCCGAGUCGGACAUAAAGAGCGAACACGAGCAGCCGAGCAAAGGCCUGACGGAAAGGGAGAUCCUGUCGCAGGCUCUCAUUUUCAUCUUUGGGGGUUUUGACACCACGUCCACCACGCUCACGUACGUGCUGUACAACAUCGUCACCCACCCGGAGGCCGCGAGGAAGCUGCUGGAGGAGAUCGACGCCAACCUUUCCGAAGAUGGCUCCAUCUCAUACGAGAGGCUGCAAGCCAUGGAGUACCUGGACAACGUGAUUAACGAGUCCUUGCGCGUCAUCCCGCCGGCGCCUCGGCUGGAGCGCUUGUGCAAAAAGACCAUCGAGGUCGGCGGCCUCACCAUCCCCGAGGGGACCCUGGUCAACGUUCCCGUGACGGUGGUCCACAAGGACCCCCGCUAUUGGAAGGACCCGGAAAGUUUCCGACCAGAAAGGUUCAGCAAAGACGGCGGCGACGAGGUGAACCCCUACGCCUACAUGCCCUUCGGCCUGGGCCCCCGCAACUGCGUGGGGAUGCGCUACGCUCUCCUCACGGUCAAGCUGGUCCUGGUCCGCCUUCUGCAGAGCUACAAAGUGGAGACGUGCGAGGAGACCGUCAUUCCUCUGGAGUUUAACUGGAAGUUCCAGCCGGUCAAGCCCGUCAAAUUCAAGUUCGUGCCCCGACGUUAGGCCGGAAAAUGGCAAAAAUAUGCCUCAGUGUAUUUGGGAAAAAAAAGGGUGUUUUUUUUUUAAAAAAUAAUUAUUCCCUCAGUACACAUCAAAUCAAAAAGUUGAGUAGGAGAACGAUAAUCUAUGCUGCAGUACUGGUAGAAGGCAGCAUGGGGUCAGACAGCUCCUGUACUGUAUUUUAAAUCACAUUUUCAUAUUAUUCAACUGAUGUAUGCAAAUUUAAAAUACACAUCUCAUCUGACUCCACCCAUAGUUGCACAUUCUUCAGAGUUAAUGAAAAGUAUUUCAAACACUCCCAAUGCACUUAUUUUGUUCCACGUGUUGUGCUUUGGAUAGCUCUAAUACACUAAGUAUACGUUCGAGCCCAAAUUUAGCAAUAAAGUAAUUUUGGGGGGGGGGGGGGCUAGGAGGGAUUAAGUGUCAAAAGAAAUGAGUUUAAAGCUCAGUGGUCUUCGGUGUUCGAGUUUCAUCGUAUCCUGUUCGGACUGAAGGGAUCCUGCGUGCCAGGCGUAGCAAAGCAGCCCCAAAACAUGAUUUGCCGGAUUGCCUCCGGCACUCAGGGUGUCUUCAAAGUCUCAAGACCGUAAAACCGGCUAAGCGUGAACUGAGCUGUGCUGCCGGUGUCAAAGCCCGUUGGGUCUUUCAGACACCUUGCGCCCCCGAAACAGCUGCUGUUCCGUUUGGGGUUUUUAAACCUGGUGUAUCUAGGAAAAACUGCAGUGAGAUGCGUGCUCACUUGCAGUUUCAUCGUGGCUGCGUCCAGCAGUGACGACAGGUCAGAUUUGCAGCAUUGAAGAUAUUGAUUCAACACAUGAAAUCAUUUCAAUUCAAAACGCAUUUGAGAUGUCACCUGACCCAAAAACAUUAUAGAAGUCAAUGUGCCCAUGAUCCAAAUAUUUUUAGCUUGACUUGGGAGAUAUUUCGGAGGAAAUCAUUGCAGUAUACUUCACGCUGUAGCGUCGACAAUCAUGAGAUUCCUUGCACAAAUUCAAGACGCCCAGUCCCAGAUGUAAGAAAGCAGUCCCAGGACAUCAGCACACCUCCUACGUUUCAAUCGCCGGGGAUCAAAAUAUGGGGAAUAAAUGUCCAAACGGCUUGCCGUAUGGAAUGCACUUCACAUACAAGAAAACAAAAACACCUUGUCAACAAGUUGCAUUUUCUAUUUAAUUUCCAUACAAAACUGCCACCGUGUGUUCAUGCGGCGUAGCGACGACCGCAUCGAAAAGCAUAAAACCUGAUAAGAUUUUGAAGUUAUUUUAAAAUGAUGACCAAAGACUUCUUGGGGUCCUGAGGUUUUUUUUUUUUUAUAAACAGAAAAAUACCAAACAAACAUUUGUAGUAAAGCAGGAAAAGGCUGCGCACUCUCAUCCAUUUCAGACUUUGAAUAUCUGAAUCAGAUGUCAAUGAAACAUCCGAUGCGUUGCUGUGCUAGUUAAAAAAAAAAAAAAAUGCAAGAUUUUUUUUUUUUUAAAGUUGGGUUGCUCUUCCUGGCGAGCCAGCUUGAAGGCACCACGGCAGUUUGCUGCUAGUAAGAAAUAAGUCGCUCUCCCUCAGACUCAAAGUGACAAAAAAUAAUAAAGCGUUCAGUCUUUUAAAAAAUGGAGAAAAAGACGUUUGGCUCGGUUACCUGUGACAGGCAGAAGCACCAUUCAACCACUUGGUCGAGUCCUUUUACAGCUGGUGGGGGUGAAGACGGGAAAUGGACCCUUUCGUAAUGCUUGUGAACCGACAGGCAGGCUGCGCGAUACUUCCAGGUGGCAGGAAAAAAAAAAAGGCUGCCUGCUGGUGACGAGAACUGAAACUGAAAGUGGAGGUCGAUGGUGGAAGGCAUUUUCUCACAGCUACGGUACCAAAUUCUGGCCCACAUUGUGGCUGGCUAACAUCUCUACGGUGCGCCAUCCAUUUUGCCCUCAAAAUUUUCUGUGGCAGUCAUUUGAGCUUUUUAGUGAGGUAACAGACAAGUAGACCAUCCACCAUUGUCCAACAGAUUCAAGUCCAUUAGUAUCAAUAACCAAAAACGACCCCAAUGUUUGGAAAUUCAUUAGUCAGUCCCUCACAGAUCAAUUAAGACUGAACUUCCAUCUCAUCUCUUUUUGAAUCAAAUUCCAGCCAAUCUACCUUCCAAGCAAUUUAUGUCCUGACAUCUUUUUGACUGCCGCUUCACACAACUACCAAUUCAACUACGGCA